GAGAAUAUCGAGGAGCAUCGACGUCGCAAUAAACGCGACUACCGUGUCGGACUCAGCCAAACCUAUUCGGUCGUUUCCGCCGACCCUAAUGGCACCAAGACCAGCGAAGAGGCAGCCAGGAAAUACGCCAACCACGAAGCAAGGCUAGUGCGGAAAGCAGAACGCAUGGUGCGACGAGCGGCAACAGGACAUGCCGAAUCGUCUGAGGAUAAUUUUUCCGAAGAAAGCUCAAGUCCAUCGCCAAAUCGUAGACUGAAUGCCACGCCCCAAGCCGAGGAUGAGGCAGAUGAAAUGAGAAAAAAACUUCCGAGACGUGUGAUUGAGGAUGAGAAGGCGAAGGGAGCGCGCUUAGAAAAGGCUCGGCGGAAAGCAGAGGAUGUCGCAGCACAACAAGG